CGAAACAAGAAAUAAACCGAAAUUGGUAUAUUUCUUCACUUUCCGCUUUAACAUCAUCCGAUCUUCCGCCACACCACACAGCGAUGCCGUCGACGCAGCCCUUAACCGUCGCAGCCAAGACCCUACGAAACCGGAUCUUCUCCUCCAGAUCCGGAUCCACAUCCGCCGGCGCGAGCCGAUGGGCGACGCCGGGCCACGAGGAGCGUCCCAAGGGCUUCUUCAUGAACCGCACUCCGCCGCCGCCGGGGCAGUCGAGGAAAUGGGAGGAUUGGGAGCUCCCUUGCUACAUCACGAGCUUCCUCACGAUCGUCAUCCUCGGCGUGGGACUCAACGCGAAGCCUGAUCUCUCGAUCGAGACUUGGGCCCAUCAGAAGGCCCUGGAGCGACUCGAGAUGGAGAGGCUCGCGUCGUCCGCUGGAGAUUCGUCCGAUUGAGAGCCAUCGAAUGUUUGAGCUACAUCGAUUGGAACUUUGAAUCGGUGUCUUUUUGUUUUUUUGUUUGUUGAUAAUGAAUGGUGUUUGAUGAUGAAAUAAGUGUUCUUUAAAAACUGUUUAUGACGCAGUUAACGUUACAAGUUUAAAACUUGGUCACUUUUGGUUUA